AUGGAUGUUAAGCCAACAACCUAUCAAUCAAUCAUGGCAGCACCAACAUCAGACCUUGACAAAUAUAAUGAAAGCAUAUCCUCAUCAAGACCAAUACUUCUACAACAGGAACAACAUAUAUUAGCAACACAAGAUAGUUAUUCCACAUAUUUUCCUGCAUCACAGUCAGAUACAAAUAUGCAUUUACUUCCUUCCACAGCCAGUUCAAUUCAUUUGCUACUAUCUCCUACAGAAAACUCAGUUUCCGCUAACGAUAGCGUGCUGCUUAACUCACAACCAUCUAAUACGAUAUCAAAAAAUAACACAUCUACAUUAAGAAAAACCCCGCUUGCAAUUAAUGAUACCUUAAGGAAUUUUCUACCAUCAACAUUUGCAACUAUAAAUCAUUCAUCUUUAUCCAAUGAAGCCUUUUCAACUCUACUUACAUCACCAUUGCAUAAUACAGAUACAUUAUCAACUAUAUCAACAGAUAAAUCACAAUUCUUUAAUUCAGUUUCUAUUAACACAUUCAUACCGACACCCCUUAUCACAGAAAUAUUCUCAUCUACACCUGUUUUUAAUGACACACCAAUUCUAGAUGACACAUUGCUGUUUACCUCAUUACAAAAUGCUAUACAAACAUCAGAACAAGUAUCUAAAUCCACAUUAACAUCUACCUCAUUAUCAAAUGACAAUUCAUCAUCUACUUCAUUGCUGAAUAACAUAAAUACAUCAAAACCUUUCAUACAAUUAGACACAUUAUCUUCAAUGUCGUCCAUAAAUUCUACAUCUACCCUUAUAUCAGAAAAUACAUUUUCAUCGUCACAGGACAUACAUAUGGAUUUUACCCCAGCAAUCACAAUAGGUACUGCAUUGGUCAUAAAUGCCACAAAAGCGGCUUCACCGAUAAAUGAUUCACCCGUCAUGAAUGUCUCAAUUAUCCCCCAACUAGAGUUGAGCAUAAAUACCCCAAUAGAUACGUCACUUGUGAUAAAGGCUACAAAAGAAAGUUCAUCAGUCAUAAAUGUUUCGACGACAGAUGCUUCUUUGGUGAUAAAUGACAGGAUAGAUACUUCACCAUUAAUGAAUGCUACAAUAGAAACUUCAUCGCUUUUAAAAACCUCUUUGGGUAUCUCACCAGUAAUGAAUGCAAUGACAGAUACUUCAUCCGUUAUGAAUGCAUCAAUAAAUACUUCACCAGUGAUGAGUUCCACGAUAGAGCCAUCAUCAAUGAUGAAUGAUACGAAACUGACUUCACCAGAUAUGAGUUCCACGACAGAGUCUUCCAUAGUGAUGAAUGAUACAAUAGAGACUUCACCAUUGAUGAGAUCCACGAUAGAGUCUUCACUGGUAAUGAAUGAUACAAUACAGACUUCACCAGUGGUGAAUGAUACAAUACAGACUUCACCAGUGGUGAAUGAUACAAUACAGACUUCACCAGUGAUGAGUUCUACAAUAGAGUCUUCAUCGUUGACGAAUGAUACAAUACAGACUUCACCAGUGAUUAGUUCCACGAUAGAGUUUUCAAUGGUGAUGAAUGAUACUCUACAGACUUCACCAGUGAUGAGUUCCACAAUAAAGUCUUCAAUGGUGAUGAAUGAUACAAUACAGACUUCAACAGUCAUGAAUGAUACAAUCCAGACGUCACCAGGGAUGAGUUCCGCAAUAGAGUCGUCAUCAUUGGCGAAUGAUACAAUACAGACUACUUCACCAGUGAUGAGUUCAACGAUAGAGUCUUCCCUGGUAUUGAAUGAUACACUACAUACUUCACAAGUAAUGAAUGAAACAAUACAGACUUCAUCAGUGAUGAGUUCCACGAUAGAGUCUUCCCUGGUGAUGAAUGAUACAAUGCAGACUUUACCAGUGAUGAUUUCCACGAUAGAGUCUACAUCAUUGAUAAAUAAUAUAAUACAGACUUCACCAGUGAUGAGUUCCACGACUCAGUCUUUGAUGGUGAUGAAUGAUACAAUACAGACUUCACCAGUGAUAAAUGAAACAGUACAGACUUCAUCAGUGAUGAGUUCUGCAAUAGAGGUUUCAUUAUUGACGAAGGAUACAAUACAGACUUCACGAUUGAUGAAUGAUACCAUACAGACUUCAAGAGUGAUGAGUUCCACGAAAGCGUCUUCAUCAGUGAUGAAUCAUACAAUACAAUUAUCACAAGUUAUGAGUUCUACGAUUGAUUCUUCAAUAGGGAUGAAUGAUACAAAACAGACUUCACCAGUGAUGAGUUCCGCAAUGGAGUCUUCACCACUGUUUAAUGAUACAAAACAGAUUUCACAAGUGAUAAGUUCUACGAUACAGUCUUCAUCAGUGAUGAUUUAUACAAUACAGACUUCACCAGUUAUGAGUUCGACGAUAGAGUCUUCCCUAGAGAUGAAUGAUACAAUACCGACUUCACCAAUGAUAAGUUUCAAAAUUGAGUCUUUAUCAGUGAUGAAUGAUAUUAUACAGACUUCACCAGUGAUGAGUUCCGCGAUUGAGUCUUCCCUGGUAAUUAAUGAUACAAUACAGACUUCAUCAGCGAUGAGUUCCACAAUAGAGUCUUCCCUAGUGAUGAAUGAUACAAUGCAGACUUCACCAGUGAUGAGUUCCACGAAAGAGUCUUCAUCAGUGAUGAAUGAUACAAUACAAACUUCAACAGCAAUGAGUUCCACGAUAGAGUCAUCAUCAGUGAUGAAUGAUGCAAUACAGACUUCAACAGUAAUGAGUUCCACGAUAGGGUCAUCAUCAGUGAUGAAUGAUACAAUACAAACUUCACCAGUUAUGAGUUCUACGAUUGAUUCUUCAAUAGGAAUGAAUGAUACAAAACAGACUUCACCAGUGAUGGGUUCUGCAAUAGAGUCCUCACCUCUGAUGAUGAAUGAUACAAAACAGAUUUCACCAGUGAUGAGUUCCAUGAAACAGUCUUCAUCAGUGAUGAAUGAUACAAUACAGACUUCACCAGUUAUGAGUCCCACGAUAAAGUCUUCCCCAGUGAUGAAGGACACAAUACAUACUUCACCAGUGUUGAGUUCCAAAAUUGAGUCUUCAUCAGUGAUGAAUGAUAUAAUACAGACUUCAACAGUGAUGAGUUCCGCGAUAGAGUCUUCCCUGGUGAUGAAUGAUACAAAACAGACUUCACCAGUGAUAAAUGAUACAAUACAGACUUCACCAGUGAUUAGUUCCACGAUAGAGUCUUCCCUGGUGAUGAAUAACACAAUAGAGACUUCAACACUGAUAAAUGAUACAAUAAAGACUUCACCAAUGAUGAAUGAUACAAUACAAACUUCAUCAACGAUGAGUUCCACGAAAGAGUCUUCCCUAGUGAUGAAUGAUACAAUUCAGACUUCACCAGUUAUGAAUUCCACGAUACAAUCUUCAUCAGUGAUGAAUGAUACAAUACAGACUUCACCAGUGAUUAGUUCCACGAUAGAGUCUUCCCUGGUGAUGAAUAACACAAUAGAGACUUCAACACUGAUAAAUGAUACAAUACAGACUUCACCAGUGAUUAGUUCCACGAUAGAGUCUUCCCUGGUGAUGAAUAACACAAUAGAGACUUCAACACUGAUAAAUGAUACAAUAAAGACUUCACCAAUGAUGACUGAUACAAUACAAACUUCAUCAACGAUGAUUUCCACGAAAGAGUCUUCCCUAGUGAUGAAUGAUACAAUUCAGACUUCACCAGUUAUGAAUUCCACGAUACAAUCUUCAUCAGUGAUGAAUGAUACAAUACAGACUUCAACAGUGAUGAGUUCCACGAUAGAGUCAUCAUCAGUGAUGAAUGAUACAAUACAAACUUCACCAGUGAUGAGUUCUACUAUACAGUCUCCAUCACUGAUGAAUGAUACAAUACAGACUUCAUCAGUGAUAAAUGAUACAAUACAGACUUCACCAGUGAUGAGUUCCACAAAAGAGUUUUCACCAGUGAUGAAUGAUACAAUACAGACUUCAACAGUAAUGAGUUCAAUGAAAGAGUCAUCAUCAGUGAUGAAUGAUAUAAUACAGACUUCACCAGUUAUAAGUUCCAUGAUAGAGUCUUCCCUAAUGAUGAAUGAUACAAUACAGACUUCACCAGUGAUAAUUGAUACAAUACAGACUUUACCAGUGAUGAAUUCUACGAUAGAGUCUACAUUAGUGAUGAAUGAUACAAAACAGAUUUCACCAGUGAUGAGUUCCACGAUAGAGUCUUCAUCAGGAAUGAAUGAAACAAUACAGACUUCACCAGUCAUGAAUGAUACAAUACAGACUUCAGCAUUGAUGAGUUCCAUGAUAGAGUCUUCCCUAGUGAUAUAUGAUACAAUACAGACGUCACCAUUGAUGAGUUCCACGAUAGAGACUUCAAGAGUGAUGAAUGAUACAAUUAAGAAUUCACCAGUUAUGAGUUCUACGAUAGAUUCUUCAAAUGUAAUGAAUGAUACAAUACAGACUUCACCAGUGAUGAAUUAUACAUUACAUAUUUCACCAGUCAUGAGUUCCACGAUACAGUCUUCAUCGGUGAUGAAUGAUACAAAACAGAUUUCAGCAGUGAUGAGUUCCACAAUACAGUCUUCACCAGUGAUCAGUUCUGCAGUAGAGUCUUCAUCAUUGACGAUUGCUACUAUACAGACUUCACCAGUGAUGAGUUCCACGACAGAGUCUUCCCUGGGGAUGAAUGAUUCAAUACAGACUCCACCAGUGUUGAAUGAUACAAAACAGAUUUCAGCAGUGAUGAGUUCCACAAUACAGUCUUCACCAGUGAUCAGUUCUGCAGUAGAGUCUUCAUCGUUGACGAAUGCUACAAUACAGACUUCACCAGUGAUGAGUUCUGCAAUAGAGUCUUCACCACUGAUGAAUGAUACAAAACAGAUUACACCAGUGAUGAGCUCUACGAUACAGUCUGCAUCAGUGAUGAAUGAUACAAUACAGACUUCAUCAGUGAUGAAUGAUACAAUACAGACUUCACCAGUGAUGAGUUCCACAAAUGAGUUUUCAUCAGUGUUGAAUGAUACAAUACAGACUUCAACCAUGAUGAGUUCCAUCAUAGAGUCAUUAUCGGUAAUUAAUGAUACAAUACAGAUUUCACCAGUUAUGAGUUCCACGAUAGACUCUUCCCUAGAGAUGAAUGAUAAAAUACAGACUUUACCAGUGAUGAGUUCCACGAUAGAAUCUACAUCAACGAUUAAUGAUAGAAAGCAGAAUUCACCAGUGAUGAGAUCCACGAUAGAGUUUUCAUCAGGGAUGAAUGAAACAAUACAGACUUUACCAGUGAUAAAUGAUACAGUUCAGACCUUACCAGUGAUGAGUUCCGCAAUAGAGUCCUCAUCAUUCACGAAUGAUACAUUACAGACUUCACCAGUGAUGAAUGAUACAAUACAGACUUCACCAGUUAUGAGUUCCACGAUAGAGUCUUUCCUAGUGAUGAAUGAUACAAUACAGACUUCAACAGUUAUGAGUUCCACGAUAGAGUCUUUCCUAGUGAUGAAUGAAACAAAACAGACUUCACCAGUGAUGAGUUCCGCUGUAGAGGUUUCAUCAUUAACAAAUGCUACAAUACAGACUUCACCAGGGUGGAGUUCCACGAUAGGGUCUUCCCUGGUGAUGACUGAUACAAUACAGACUUCACCAGUGAUGAAUGAUACAAUACAGACUUCAUCCGUGAUGAAUGAUACAAUACAGACGUCACCAUUGAUGAGUUCCACGAUAGAGACUUUAACAGUAAUGAAUGGUACUAUUACGAAUUCACCAGUUAUGAGUUCUACGAUAGAGUCUUCAAAUGUAAUGAAUGAUACAAUACAGACUUCACCAGUGAUGAGUUCCACGAUACAGUCUUCAUCAGUGAUGAAUGAUACAAUACAGACUUCACCAGUUACGAGUUCUACGAUAGAGUCUUCCCCAGUGAUGAAUGAUACAAAACAGAUUUCAGCAGUGAUGAGUUCCACAAUACAGUCUUCACCAAUGAUCAGUUCUGCAGUAGAGUCUUCAUCAUUGACGAAUGCUACUAAACAGACUUCACGAGUGAUGAGUUCCGCAUUAGAGUCUUCACCACUGAUGAAUGAUACAAAACAGAUUUUACCAGUGAUGAGUUCAACGAUACAGUCUUCAUCAGUGAUAAAUGAUACGAUACAGACUUCAUUAUUUAUGAGAUCCACGAUAGAGUCUUCCCUAGUGAUGAAUGAUAUAUUACAGACUUUACCAGUGAUGAGUUCUACGAUAGAGUCUACAUCAGUGAUGAAUGAUACAAAACAGAUUUUACCAGUGAUGAGUUCCACGAUAGAGUCGUUAUCAGAGAUGAAAGAUACCAUAAAGACUUCACCAGUGAUGAAUGAUACAAUACAAACUUCAACAGUGAUGAGUUCCGCUAUAGAGUCCUCAUCAUUCACGAAUGAUACAAUACAGACGUCACCAGCGAUGAGUUCCAGGAUAGAGUCAUCCCUAGUAAUGAAUGAUACAAUACAGAAUUCAUCAGUUAUGAAUGAUACAAUACAGGCUUCGCCAGUGAUGAGUUCCAUGAAAGAGUCUUCCCUAGUGAUGAAUGAUACAAUGCAAACUUCACCAGUUAUGAGUUACACGAUAGAAUCUUCAUCAGUGGUGAAUGAUACAAUACAGUCUUCAACAGUGAUGAAUUUCCUAAUAGAGUCAUCAUCAGUGAUGAAUGAUACAAUACAGACUUCACCAGUGAUGAGUUCUACGAUAGAGUCAUCAUCAGUGAUGAAUAAUACAAUACAAACUUCACCAGUUAUGAGUUCUACGAUUGAUUCUUCAAUAGGUAUGAAUAAUACAAAACAGACUUCACCAGUGAUGAGUUCCACGAUAGAGUCUUCCAUGGUGAUGAAUGAUACAAUACAGACUUUACCAGUCAUGAAUGAUACAAUGCAGACUUCAUCAGCGAUGAGUUCCAUGAUAGAGUCUUCCCUAGUGAUGAAUGAGACAAUGCAGACUUCUCCAGUGAUGAGUGCCACGAUAGAGUCUUCAUCAGUGAUGAAUGAUACAAUACAGACAUCACCUUUGAUGAGUUCCACGAUAGAGAUUUUACCAGUGAAGAAUGAUACAAUUAAGAAUUCACCAGUUAUGCGUUCUACAAUAGAGUCUUCAAAUGUAAUGAAUGAUACAAUACAGACUUCACAAGUGGUGAAUGAUACAAUACAGAUGUCACCAGUGAUGAGUUCUGCAAUAGAGUCUUCACCUGUGAUGAAUGAUACAAAACCGAUUUCACCAGUGACGAGUUCCACAUUACAGUCUUCACCAGUGACGAAUGAUACAAUACAGACUUCACCAGUGAUGAAUGAUACAGUACAGACUUCACCAGUGAUGAGUUCCAUGAUAGAGUCUUCCCUCGGGAUGAAUGAUACAAUACAGACUUCAUCAGUUACGAGUUUCACGAUAGAGUCUUUCCUGGUGAUGAAUGACACAAUACAGACUUCACCAGUGAUGAGUUCCGUUGUAGAGGCUUCAUCAUUAACGAAUGCUACAAUACAGACUUCACCAGGGUGGAGUUCCACGAUAGAGUCUUCCCUUGUGAUGAAUGAUACAAUACAGACUGCACCAGUGAUGAAUCAUACAAUACAGACUUCAUCAGUGAUGAAUGAUACAAUACAUACUUCAUCAGCGAUGAGUUCCACGAUAGAGUCUUUCCUAGUGAUGAAUGAUACAAUGCAGACUUUACCAGUUAUGAGUUCCAUGAUAGAGUCUUUCCCAAUGAUGAAUGAUACAAUACAGACUUCACCAGUGAUGAGUUCCACAAUAGAGUCGUCAUCAUUGACCAAUGAUACAAUACAGACUUCACCAGUGAUAAGUUCCACGAUAGAGUCUUUCGUGAUGAUUAAUGAUACAAUACAUACUUCACCAGUGAUGAAUGAUACACUACAGACUUCACCAGUUACGAGUUCCACGAUAGAGUCUUCCCCAGUGAUGAAUGAUACAAUACAGACUUCACCAGUGAUGAGUUCCAAGAUAAUAAAGACUUCACCAGUGAUGAGUUCCACAAAAGAGUCGUCAUCAUUGACGAAUGAUACAAUACAGACUUCACCAGUGAUAAGUUCCAUGAUAGAGUCUUCCCUCGGGAUGAAUGAUACAAUACAGACUUCAUCAGUUACGAGUUUCACGAUAGAGUAUUUCCUGGUGAUGAAUGACACAAUACAGACUUCACCAUUUAUGAACUUCACAAGUGAUGAGUUCCAUGAUAGAGUCUUCCCUCGGGAUGAAUGA